UCUGUGUUGGAAAGUUUAGUCAUGGCGGCGUCCAGCGUAUUCAGACCGGGAUUGUUCAAUAAUAAAGUGGCAAUUGUUACGGGUGGGGGGACCGGUAUCGGCAAAGCGAUUACUGCAGAGCUGCUGGACCUCGGCUGCAAAGUGGUCAUCUCAAGUAGAAAGCUGGAGAGGUUGGAGGCAGCAGCACAGGAGCUGAAACAAAAAAUCCCUCCUUCCAACCCUGCAUCUGUCACUUCCAUGCCAUGCAACAUCCGCAAUGAGGAUGAGGUGAAGGCACUUGUGACAUCGGCACUGAAGCAAUAUGGACGGAUAGAUUAUCUGGUGAAUAAUGGAGGAGGACAGUUCAGCAGCCCAGCAGAGCACAUGUCCUACAAAGGUUGGAAAGCUGUCAUAGACACCAACCUAACUGGAACCUUCCACUGCUGCAAAGAGGUCUACGCUGCAUGGAUGAAAGAACAUGGAGGAGUGAUUGUCAACAUCAUCGCCGAUAUGUGGAAAGGCUUCCCUGGCAUGGCCCACACAGGAGCAGCAAGGGCAGCAGUGGAUAAUCUGACCAAGACUCUGGCAAUCGAGUGGGCAGCAUCGGGAGUCAGAGUCAAUGCCAUUGCACCAGGUACAAUUAUUUCAAAGACAGCUGUGGAGAACUACAAGGAAUUUGGACCAACGCUUUUCAAGAUGUCCAUUCCCUUCAGCCCAGCAAAGAGACUUGGAGUACCAGAGGAGAUCUCCCCGGCAGUAUGUUUCUUGCUUUCUCCUGCUGCCUCCUACAUAUCCGGGGCCACCCUAAGGGUUGAUGCAGGACAAAGUCUUUACCACUCCGUAUGGGAGAUACCAGACCACAAUGCAUGGCCUGAGGCUCCAGAAGGGGAGAACCUGGACACUCUGAGGGAUCUGCUCAAUCCAAAAAGCAAACUGUAACACUCUAUUGCAACAUAAGUGAAAGCUCACGCAAACAAUGCAAAUUGGUCUUAUGGCUGUUGAUAUAGUCAUUAGGUUCCAUGACCACAAAAAUAUGGGACCUUUACCACUUUCACCUUGAUUUAAGAAUGUUUAACUCCUUUCAGUCAUGUACAUAACAUAUAUUUAAUUUGUUCAAUAUGUAUGUGAUUGCUCAUUUCUGGUGUUUAAAUUUAAAAAAAAUGUUUCUCAAUGUAUGUGAAAUUCAAGUGCCACAAAAUGUAUGGUUUCAAACAUGUCUGAAGAACACCCCACUUGCCUUCGAACUACUCUGUUAAUAAAGAGCAAUGAAGCAAUUAUUGGUUUCUUCUGGUUGAAUAUUUUCUUUUGCACACCUACAAAACAGUUAUUUGCGUUUGUAGAAGUAUUCGGA